UUGCGCGCCGGGAGGAGGGCGUCGCCGACGACGGGCGGGGGGAGAGUCGACUAUCCUGGAAAGGUUGUUACUCGGACAACGACGGCUAGGAUGUCUACACCACCUCUAGCAGGGCCAGGAUUGCCUCCUGGUCCAUUUUCUGGGUCUCAGGGUCAGGCUGCACGAGAAGUGAACACAGCUUCGUUGUGUCGCAUUGGUCAAGAGACUGUGCAGGACAUUGUAUUCCGCACUAUGGAAAUCUUCCAGCUGUUAAGAAAUAUGCAGCUUCCAAAUGGUGUCACCUAUCAUACGGGCACAUAUCAAGACAGAUUGGGAAAGCUGCAAGAACAUCUGCGCCAACUUUCAAUACUGUUUCGGAAACUGAGAUUGGUAUACGAUAAGUGCAAUGAAAAUUGUGCAGGACUUGAACCUAUUCCAAUAGAGCAGCUCAUUCCUUACGUGGAAGAGGAUGGCUUUAAACAUGAUGACCGAGGAGCCACCAACCAGCUACUCUUCGCUAGUGAAGAAAGACGGGAAAUCAUGGAAGUUAUCAAGAAACUGAAACAGAAGAAUCAACAGCUGAAGCAAAUCAUGGAUCAAUUGCGGAAUCUCAUUUGGGACAUAAAUGCCAUGUUGGCAAUGAGGAACUGAAUAAGUUUUCCUUCUGUCUCAUUGUGAUAUUUGAUGUUGUUUGUUACAGAAGAAUAACUUUUUAACGAAGAGCACGGGUAUUCGAUUGUACCUUAAAUAAUCAUGUAUAUAUUUGUUAUACUUCAGUUAUGUAUAUUUAAGCCUUGGAAGUUCUAGGCAAUGGAUAAAUUCAAUGUAAGCUUUAAUUUUCAGAUCCAAGAUGGUCAACUUUUAUUUCUGAGGUUUGGCCAAUAGUUUCUUUUAUAUGAAAAUAGUAUAAAGUUUAUUUCAUGAAGAAAACCAAGUAAUAGUUUGUCUUAGAGCAGAGGUCUUCAAACUUGGCAGCUUUAAGACUUGUGGACUUCAGCUCCCAGCAUUCUCCAACCAGCUAUGCUGGCUGGAGAAUUCUAGGAGUUGAAAUCCACAAGUCUUAAAGCUGCCAAGUUUGGGGACCCCUGUCCUAGAGAAUGCAUGCUUGUUCUCAACAAGAAGUGAGCUGGAAUAAAUAAGGUAAUUCUGAUUUCAUCUUCAUAACACUGCCUAGUGUGUACCAAUCUGCGCGACCAACUUACUGCUAAUGACUGAAAGCCGGGCAUUCAAAUAGGAAAGAGGAAAAUGUCAAGGAAAACUUUAGCAGACUGGAGAAUGUUUUGGUUUUAGCAAUGGCGGAUAACGAUUUGAAUUUCAUUUUCUUUUCUUUUUUUAAACAAAAAUAUAUAUUUUUUUUGGUCUUAAUUUAAAAUAAUUUCCAGCGGUGUCGCCUUCUUUGUUUGUUGCAAUUAAAAUGGAGAAAUAAACGUGAAAGCACAGCUGACUUCAGAAUUAUAAGAGGCCAUCCAUGUUGCAUCACAAAUGGGAUCAGAACAGGACAACAGAGGGCACCCCUCCUCUUACCCCACCCCACCCCAAGAUGGUCAGAAAUGUUUCAGAACAAAAUACUAGCCUCCAUCAACCUACCACCGUAACAUCAUAAAAAUGAUUUUUUUUUUCAUUACAGUUAACAGAUGACAUCCUGCCUGACCUUAAUAAAUACAUUCAAGAUUGCCUUCUUAA